AUGGAGAGGAGAAGGCUCCUGGGUGGCAUGGCGGACCUGCUCCUCCAGGCACUGCCCAGCCCCCUGUCAGCCAGGGCUGAACCCCUGCAGGAUAAGGAAACCUGCGUGGGUACUAACAAUCAAAGCUACAUCUGUGACACAGGACACUGCUGUGAACAGUCUCAGUGCUGCAACUACUACUAUGAACUCUGGUGGUUCUGGCUCGUGUGGACCAUCAUCAUCCUGAGCUACUGCUGCGUGUGCCACCACCACCGAGCCAAGCACCGCCUUCAGGCCCAACAGCAGCAACCUGAAAUCAACCUGAAAGCCUACUGGGAAGCCCACAAUUACUCAGCGCUGCCAUUUUAUUUCAGGUUUUUGCCAAACUAUUUACUACCUCCUUAUGAGGAAGUGGUGAACCGACCUCCAACUCCUCCCCCACCAUACAGUGCCUUCCAGCUCCAGCAGCUGCCUACACAGUGUGGCCCUACAGGCGGCAGCCCCCCGGGCGCCAAUCCCACCAGGGGCUCCCAGGAGGCUCAGAGCAGCCCCUUGCGGCCCAGCAGAAGCAGCACGCGACCCCCAAGCAUCGCUGACCCUGAGCCCUCCAACAUGUCAGCAGACCCAGCAGCCACCAAAGCCCCUGGGAUGGAGCCCAGCGGCUCUGUGGCCGGCCUGGGGGAGGUGGACCCUGGGACCUUCCUGGACAAGGAUUCCGAAUGUAAGGAGGAGCUGCUGAAAGAGUAUAGCUCCGAGCAGGGCGGCGCCCUCCCUGACAGCAAAGACAAGACACCCGGCAGAAAACACAGCUUCACAGGUGACUCGGGCAACGAGGUGUGUGUGCACAACUGGGGCCACCAUGAUGACGACCUCAAAGAGUUCAACGUGCUCAUCGACGAUGCUCUGGACGGGCCCCUGGACUUCUGCGACAGCUGCCACGUGCGGCUCCCUGGCGACGAGGAGGAAGGGCUCUGCCAGCCCUCUGAGGAGCAGGUGGCCGGGCACCCACACCUGCCGCGGCUGCCUGCCUGCCUGCUGCUGAACACCAUCAAUGAGCAGGACUCCCCAGACUCCCAGAGCAGCAGCUCCCCCAGCUAGAGCAGGCCCUGCCUGCACCCGAGAACUUGGCGACGCAACCAGGGUAGGGGAGAACCAUGAGGGAAGCAUUAAGUGACUGUGUUCCUUAAUUUUUUUUUUUCCCCUCUGCGCCUGCGUUUUCCUGCAUCUCCAGGUACUGUUUGGGG